GAAAGCUCCAGCUGCCCCCGGAGCGGGGCUGGGGCUGGCCCCGGACAUGCCAGCCCCGGGCUCCGCGGUGUCCCCAUCCCAAGGCACGCAGGCGAGGCAUUCCUGUGGGGCCGGGCGUGCGGGGCUGCCGGUGGGCUGGUCCCAGCCCCCGGGGCGGGCAGCCCCCUAUAUCAGCCGGGCCCGCGGGGGCAGCGCCAGCAGAGUGUGACCGUGACAGCCCCCGGCCCCUCGCCCGCCCUCUCCAGCCAUGGAUGACAUUUAUAAGGCAGCGGUUGAGCAGCUGACAGAAGAGCAAAAAAAUGAGUUCAAGGCUGCCUUUGACAUCUUCGUGCUGGGGGCAGAGGAUGGUUGCAUCAGCACCAAGGAGCUGGGGAAGGUGAUGCGGAUGCUGGGGCAAAACCCCACCCCCGAGGAGCUGCAGGAGAUGAUAGACGAGGUGGAUGAGGAUGGCAGCGGCACCGUAGACUUCGAUGAGUUCCUUGUUAUGAUGGUCCGGUGUAUGAAAGACGACAGCAAAGGAAAAACCGAAGAGGAACUCUCAGACCUCUUCAGGAUGUUUGAUAAAAAUGCUGAUGGCUACAUUGACCUCGAGGAGCUGAAGAUCAUGCUGCAAGCGACAGGAGAGACCAUCACCGAGGAUGACAUAGAAGAACUGAUGAAAGAUGGGGAUAAAAACAACGAUGGCAGGAUUGACUAUGAUGAGUUCCUGGAGUUUAUGAAGGGGGUUGAAUAAAUCUGAGGCCAGAUGGACAGCUCGAAUCUCCUAAACCCCUCCAGCUCUGCAUCUCAUCUCCCUGACUUAAAUCCCCUGGCUACCAGCAUGAAGACUGAGUGCUGAGGAGGGUGGCCGGGGGAAAUAAAACCUGUUAAUACCCAGUGCCUCAGAUGGUCUUUCCUUAGAGGUUUAGUGACAGCUUCACCCCGGUCGCGUGCUCAUGACUAAUGGGGUCACUCCUUGGGGCCACUGCUGGCAAGGUGACAUCACAGCUGGAGCUUUAAUUCUCCAAGGAGGUAUUUUGCUGCCAGCCCAGCGACAGUCCAUCCAACAGGGCCACCUGUUUGGUGGGGAGCUGUCAUCUCCUCACCCCUGCCAUGGUGAGCAGGCUCAGGAGCUGGCACUGGUGCCUGCUGGCUUAACUGGAGCAUCGGCGGCAUUUUAGCAAAGAAAUGUGAAUUACAAACCACUGAGGCCAUCACUGACAUCCACGGGUGAGGGACAGUACCUCUCCUCCCUACUCUCACCUUGGCUGUCCUGACAGGACACCCCUUCCCCCU